CCCUAAACCCAUUUUCUCUCUCUUCUGUUUCUUCCGUUAUGAUCCGUUAGUUUUGUUUUUUUUUUCUUUUUGGUCCUUCAAUCUUUGAGAAUUCACCUGGAAAAUGGCGGCUAAACGGCUUCUUAGUGAAUCUUGUUCCGACAAAGAAGAGCCAAACGAGAAACGGAUGAGACCUAAACCUUCUUUUGCAUCAGUAAUUGGGCAAGCUGUUAUCAUGAAUUGCUUGUAUACAGCCUUGGAACCUGUCCUUAGAAGAGUGGUGACGGAGGAAGUGGACCGCAGUCUUCGACACCGGCUCCGUUCCUUCAGCCGGUCUCCGUCGCUUCGAAUUCAAGCAGCAGAACCGUCAACGCUUAAACUAAUAUUCGCCAAAGGCCUUUCCUUGCCCAUCUUCACCGGAAGCAAGAUCAUGGAUAAAGAAAGUAACCAGCUUCAAGUGGCUUUGGUAGAUACUAGAGGCGACCAAAUGGCUCCGGUGCUUCUCCCGAAUCCGAUUAAGGUCGAUAUAGUCGUUCUCGACGGUGACUUUCCGUCGGGGGAAGGUGACGAUUGGACUAGUGAAGAAUUCAACAGGAACAUCGUGCGGGAGAGAACCGGGAAACGACCUUUACUUUCCGGAGAGUCAGCAGUGACCGUGAGGGAUGGAAGUGCUUCGAUCGGAGACAUCGAAUUUACCGAUAACUCGAGCUGGAUUCGGAGUCGGAAAUUCAGAAUCGGAGCCAAAGUAGCACAAGGGAGUUUCCAAGGUGUUCGCAUUCGUGAAGCCAUGACUGAAGCUUUUGUUGUCAAAGACCAUCGCGGCGAACUGUACAAGAAACAUCAUCCACCAAUGUUGGGGGAUGAAGUUUGGCGCCUAGAAAAGAUUGGAAAGGAUGGAGCAUUCCACAAAAAGCUUUCCUCUGAGGGCCUCCACACUGUCCAGGACUUCUUGAAACUGUCUGUUGUCGAUCCGGCCAAGCUUCGAAGGAUUUUAGGGCCAGGGAUGUCCGAGAAAAUGUGGGAUGUGACAAUCAAGCACGCCAAAACAUGUGUUAUGGGCAACAAAUACUAUGUGUCUCGAGGCCCCAAUUGCAGGAUCUUCUUGAACCCCAUUUGCCAACUCAUGAAAGCUGAGAUUAAUGGGACUGCAUAUCCUAUACAAAGCCUAACCAGCAUUAACAGAGGAUAUCUUGAAAAUUUGGUGAGACAAGCAUAUGUAAAUUGGUCGUCCUUGGAAGAAGUAGAAGGAAUUUCCAGUGAGGUUGGCCUGCUCACACAAGGUGAGGACCUGUUAGUUCAAUAUGCUAAUCAACAAGAUGUGAUGGUGAGAUCAAUUCAACAAAAUGUGUAUUUGACAAAUGGUCCGACUGAGGGAUAUACGCCAAAUGGUAGCAAUUGGCAAACAAGUCAAACUUAUUUGAGCACACAUAGUGAAAAUGGGAUCCGAUUGAACAUGUUGGAAUCAAAUGGGAUCCGAUUGAACAUGUUGGAAUCAAAUCUCCGACAUCCUUCAUCACAGGAGGAUAAUGGUGAAUUAAACAAGUCCAUCAAUGAGAUGAUGUGAUAUAUCACCUUCAAGGGACAGCCGUUUAAUCAAUCACCCCUAAUGUAGUUUGCCCUGCCCUACUUUUAUUUGCAAGUAUGCUUGUUGUACAUAAAUAAUCAAAACAGAAGGGAAGAGACACAGUGAAAUCUAGUUUUUUUUUCUCGUGCAAUGCAUGAGAUUAUUGUUUAU